AUGUUCAAGAAAGAUAUCGCCCCCAGCACAAAAUCAAAGGUCAAGUCCUCGGUACAGCGAGGCUUGCGCCAGAACUUCCUCGACUCAUACCCCGGUUUCGAGCCGUACAUCGAGCAGAUCCUCCCGAAAAAGGCACAGCUCGAUUCGAUCAAACUCCCCGAAAAAUCCACCCUCUACACAAUCGACUCCCAACCCCUCUUCUACCAACCCCAAGACGGCCCCCCGAUCCCGCAUCUCAAAUUAAUCCACGCCUACCCCUCCGCCCUUCCCACGAUCCAAAUCGAUCGCGGAGCAAUCCGCUUCGUGCUCUCCGGCGCCGCGCUGAUGGCACCCGGCCUUACGAGUCCCGGUGGACGGUUACCGGAUGCGGAGCAUGCGUUGGAGAAGGGGACGAUUGUUGCAGUUAUGGCGGAGGGGAAGGAGAAUGCGUGCCUUGUGGGGGCGUUGAAGGUUGGGACGGAGGAGAUGAAGAGUAAGGGGAAGGGGGUUGUUAUGGAUGAUGGGCAUUAUUUGGGGGACGGGUUGUGGAGGAUGCCGCUCGAUUAG